AUGCCGCAGUGCAUGCGAUCAAGACUGCAUUGUCGAAUUACCGGCGCAACCUUCCCAUCCCUCACACGGAAGUUAUCAACACAGGUCAAGCCACCCCUCAGGAUUCUGCAGCACCCAGCACCCCACUCAGGGCACAUUCGAGUUCUCCUCCUCAACAGGCCAGAAGCACGUAAUGCAUUAUCGCGCCAAUUGGUCUCUAACCUUGCCGAGCAAGUCGACACCAUCAAAGCCGAAGGAGGAUUCGGCGCAACUAGAGCUUUAAUCAUAGCAUCUGAAAUAGACCAAGCAUUCUGCUCUGGAGCGGACCUGAAGGAAAGGAAGACUUUUACUCAGGACGAGACGAAAGCGUUCCUUACCCAGCUUCGUCAAACCUUCACCAAUCUCUCCAAUCUACCAAUCCCCACCAUCUCCGCAAUCUCCUCCCUCGCACUAGGCGGGGGGCUCGAACUAAGUCUCUGCACCUCUUUUCGCGUCUUUGGCUCCUCCGCCGUCGUCGGCUUACCAGAGACCCGAUUGGCCAUCAUACCCGGCGCGGGAGGGACAUACAGACUUCCAGGCCUGAUCGGCGUGAACCGGGCACGGGAUAUGAUCCUAACAGGCCGCCGUGUCAGCGGCGCAGAAGCAUACUUCAUGAGUCUGUGUGAUCGAUUGGUAGAAAUUACGCCAGAGGAAGAGAAGCAGGAAGGUGCUGCUCGAGCGAAAGUCUUGCAGGUUAGCCUUGAUCUCGCAAGAGAUGUGUGUGAGGGCGGACCAAUUGCAUUAGCCCAGGCGAUCAAAGCUGUCAACGGGUGGCAGAAAGGCGAAGAAGCCGAGAAUGAGGCUUACAAUACUGUCUUGGGGUCUGAGGACCGACUUGAGGCACUGAGAGCAUUCUCGGAGAAGAGGAAGCCAACGUUCAAAGGAAGGUGA